AUGAUAUUUAAUAUAUUAAAACAAUAUUCUUCAUCUUCUACUAGUAAUAGGGCGGAAAAGAUGGAAGUAGAUUUAGACUCUGUUAUUGAAAGACUUUUAGAACCUAGAACAUCGAAACCAGGUAAACAUGUUGACCUCUUAGAAGAAGAGAUUAGAUAUUUGUGCACGACUGCCACCGAGGUCUUUGUCAAACAACCCAUUUUGUUGGAAUUGGAGGCACCGAUCAAGAUUUGCGGCGAUAUACAUGGACAAUACUACGAUUUACUUCGUCUCUUUGAAUAUGGUGGAUUGCCACCCCAAUCCAACUACCUCUUCCUCGGUGACUAUGUCGACAGAGGAAAACAAAGUUUAGAGACCAUUUGUUUGUUGUUGGCCUACAAAAUCAAGUACCCAGAGAACUUUUUCAUCUUGCGUGGUAACCACGAGUGCGCAUCAAUCAACCGUAUCUAUGGUUUCUACGACGAGUGCAAGCGUCGUUACAACACCAAACUAUGGAGAGCGUUCACAGACUGUUUCAACUGUCUCCCCGUGGCCGCCAUCAUCGACGAAAAGAUCUUUUGCAUGCACGGCGGUUUGUCGCCCGAUCUCAAGUCGAUGGAGCAGAUCCGUCGUAUCAUCCGUCCCACCAUCGUGCCCGACAAUGGUCUCUUGUGCGACCUCUUGUGGGCCGACCCCGACAGAACCAUCCAGGGCUGGCAAGACAACGACCGUGGCGUCUCGUACGUCUUUGGUCCAGACAUUGUAGAACAGUUCCUCAAGAAAUUCGACCUCGAUCUCAUCUGUCGUGCCCAUCAAGUCGUCGAAGACGGCUACGAAUUCUUUGCUAAACGACAACUUGUAACAAUAUUUUCCGCUCCAAACUAUUUUGGUGAAUUUGACAAUGCCGGUGCAAUGAUGGGUGUCGACGAAACAUUGAUGUGUUCGUUCCAAAUUUUAAAACCUGCCGAUAAGAAAAAGUCUUCUGCCAUCUCGGAUAGUAAUGGCAGACCUCUCACCCCUCCAAGAAACAAACAAUCAAAACAAAAAAAGUAA